UCACGGACGAAGAGGCGAUCCAAUUGUCGGAUGUGAUGGAGAGAGCGGUGAAGAUAAUCGAUAUGUAUAUCGAUGUCAACAACGAUCGCAACGACGAGUUUCAGCUGUUCUAUGAUGAAGAGGCGGACAAUCGAUGGGAACAACAGGAGAGCGAAUGGAUCACCGAAUACGAGGUGUGGGAUGUGAUGACCCAGAAGCUGAUGGAUUCGUACGGAAAUAUACUGAAAGACAAGUUGACACAAGUGUUGGCCGAAGAGACGGAGGCGUUGGCCGAAAGGGAGAGACUUCUGAAGGAUUUAACGACAUUUACGGCUCAACUCAAGAAAGAUCCCAAUCUGUCGAUACUUUUGACUGAAAAUGUCUACGACUUCGAGACCGCAGAAGUCGCUGAUAAUCAGACAAAGAGUUGAGGUUUUUGUAGACAUUUCUUAUACGGGUAUGACUUCAUUGUUCGCUAUACUGUACUGUAUUCUAAUGAAAUCUCAAUGAAAGUCACAUUAAUGUGAAACAAAUGACAAUUAAUUACAGUAUAAAGUGUUUUC